CAAAUUGUUAAUUGUCAAUGUCAUUUUGAAAUUGAAAGAAAAAUUGUUCAGGAAAAAUCAAAAGUUUAGUAAUUUUUAUUUUAAGAACAGCCUAUUUUUUAAGUAAUCAUGAACUUCUUAGCAAGGACGAGAACUCCCGUAUUACGUGCAAUUUCUGUUAGAAUGUAUGCUGGUGAGCCUGGCUCUGGGGCCGGCAAGGGUGGUGGCGGCGGUGGUGCCAUCCGUGAAGCUGGUGGUACCUUUGGCAAAAUGGAGGCUGCUCGGGAAGAUGAAUACUUUUACAAAAAGCAAAAGGAGCAGUUGUCCAAUCUGAAGGGGCAUUUAGACAAGGAGAUAUCCUUCCACCAGGAGCAAAUCAAACGUCACGAGGAUGCCAUCCGACGUCACAAAGAACAAAUGUCCACCAUUAACUCAGACAAGUAGCUUAUAAAUUUUUAAUUAAACACUCCCAUAGUCCUGAUUUUUAUAAUAUUCUCAAAGAAUCACUUGAUACUUAAAGGUGUAUGUUACAUUGUAAGAUGUCAAACUUUUUUCGCUUUUAUUUUCUUUAGUUCGUAGUAUUGUGACAUCAAAAUAUAUUUGUACAGGCCAA